CACUGACUGGCAGUUAGGCAGCACUGAUAGGCAUCACUGACAGGCACUGACUGGCAUUGAUAGGUGGCACUGACUGGCACUGAUGGGUGACACUGAAAGGCAGCUCAGAUGGGCACUGAUAUGUGGCAUUGAUGAGCACUGGUAGGCACUGAUAUGUGGCAUUGAUGUGGUACUGAUGGGCACUGGCAGGUGGCAUGGAUGAGCACUGACAGGUGGCAUUGAUGGACACUGACAGGUGGCACUGCUGGGGCUAUACAGAUCAUCAGGGCACACUGAUCAUCAGUGCCCUGAUGAUCAGUGCACAUGUCCCUCUGAGGGAUGCCGAUUACCGGCUCUGCUCUCCUCUCGAGCUGUCAGCAUGUCACGCUGAGGGGACAUGUGCCCUGAUGAUCAGUGUA